GACAAGGACUUUCUCUGCCCUCCCGUGUUUGGUUCUUCCCUUCGUAAGGGAACCCCAAAAAAGAAUUAUAGUAGUACCCAACGUUUGUCGCCAUGGUCGCUCUCCUCCACUUCAAAUACUCCACUAACCCUCUUCCCUUCCUCUCCGGUGCUCCCCAACACCACCUCAACGCCAAAGAAACCCUAUCUCUUGGAGAAUUCUCCUCCCAUGGCGUGGUCCCUCUGCGUGCCUCCCCGCGUCUCCGGCGUCGCCCUCGACGCCUUCGACCUCAAGAGGAACGCCUCCAAUUGGAGGGAAGUUCCAUGGACUGCGCCGCUGAGGUGCAGGAGCGGUUCUUGUUUCCCGUAUCUUGCGGGUUUGAAGAGAGUCUUGGAGACUCAUCGAUCGGCGAAGCCGGGUUUGGGGUCUUGGGUUCCUAGAGCGUCGGUUGGUGCUGGGGCUGCGGUAGAAGAGAAGAGGAGGGAGGAAGAAGAGGCGGAGGGGAGGCCGUUGAGGGUUGGGCUGGUGUGUGGGGGUCCGUCGGCGGAGCGUGGGAUUUCCUUGAACUCCGCAAGAUCCGUUCUUGAUCACAUACAGGGAGAAGAUUUGCAUGUCAGCUGCUAUUACAUUGACUGUGAUCUCAAUGCAUAUGCAAUAUCACCUGCCCAGUUGUAUUCAAAUACUCCUGCAGAUUUUGAUUUCAAACUAGAGAGCCUUGCCCAAGGUUUUCAGUCAUUAUCCGACUUUGCAGCCCAUCUUGCUGUCUCUGUGGAUAUAGUGUUCCCAGUUAUUCAUGGUCGUUUUGGUGAAGAUGGUGGCAUCCAGGAGCUGUUUGAGAAAGCAAAUGUGCCAUUUGUUGGUACUUCAUCAUAUGAGUGUUGCCAGGCAUUUGACAAGUACAAUGCAUCCUUGGAGCUCAGCAAUCAAGGAUUUGUGACGGUACCAAGUUUUCUCGUACAGGACAAUCAACCAGACAAGUCUGAAUUAAUAAAGUGGUUCCAGAGCAAUCAUCUGGACCAAGAAAGAGGAAAAGUUGUGGUCAAGCCAACAAGAGCAGGAUCAAGUAUUGGUGUUGCGGUUGCUUAUGGUAUUGAUGAUGCCAUUGGAAAAGCUACUGAUAUAAUAUCAGAGGGCAUUGAUGAUAAAGUUCUUGUUGAAGUUUUUCUAGAAGGUGGGAGUGAAUUUACAGCCAUUGUGAUUGAUGUUGGGACAGAUACUGAUUGCCGUCCUGUUGUUCUACUUCCAACUGAAGUUGAGCUUCAAUAUUCUAGCAAAAAUGAUGCAGAAGAUACAAUAUUUAAUUACAGAAGGAAGUAUCUUCCAACAAGACAGGUUGCUUACCACACUCCUCCACGCUUUCCAAUUGAAGUAAUUGAAUGUAUCAGACAAGGAGCAUCUUUGUUAUUUCAACGUCUCCAUUUGCGUGACUUUGCCAGGAUUGAUGGCUGGUUUUUACCUGAUCAUGUUGAUGUGCUAUCAUCAGCGGACAACCAUAAUAAGUUCGGAUUUACUAAGUCGGGUGCAAUCAUAUUUACUGAUAUCAACUUGAUAAGUGGGAUGGAGCAAACCAGCUUUUUAUUUCAGCAAGCCUCAAAGGUUGGAUUUUCUCAUUCAAACAUCCUUCGUACCAUUAUCCAGCAUGCUUGCGUGCGGCUCCCUUCUCUUGUACCAUGCAGAAAUUCAUGGAAUGCAUCUUUUAGAAGAUUGCAAUCUGAACAUCGUGCAAACAUCAAUAGAGAAAACAGAGAAGCUCAAAAGGUUUUUGUUAUCUUCGGAGGAGAAACCUCAGAACGCCAAGUAUCUCUCAUGAGUGGGACAAAUGUCUGGCUUAACUUGCAACAUUUUGAUGAUUUUCAGGUUGAUGUACUUCCAUGUCUACUUGCUCCUGCAAAUGGAUAUUUGUCUACCCAGAACCAGGAUGAAGAUAAUGAUGCCAAUUCAAGAAUUGUUUGGUCUUUACCUUAUUCCCUAGUUCUGCGCCAUACAACAGAGGAGGUUUUUGCUGCUUGUGUUGAGGCAAUUGAACCAAGAAGAGCUGCACUGACAUCUCAUUUACGCGAGCAUGUCAUGACUGAACUUGCAGAAGCUCUAAAUAAACAUAGUUGGUUCACAGGUUUUGACAUUGUUGAUGAACCUCCUGUGAAAUAUUCACUGGAACAGUGGAUUGAGUAUGCUAAAGAAGCUCAAGCAGUAGUGUUUAUUGCAGUGCAUGGUGGUAUUGGUGAGGAUGGUACCCUUCAAGCUUUAUUGGAGGCUGCAGGAGUUCCUUACACAGGUCCUGGACCCAUGGCUUCCAAAAUUUGUAUGGACAAAGUGUCAACAUCUCUAGCCCUUAGCCAUCUGACAAGCUUGGGAGUGCUUACCAUACCUAAGGAUGUAAGGAGUAAAGAGGAGCUACUAAAUUCAUCUCCUCUUGAUAUUUGGCACAACUUGACAACAAAGCUCAAAGCUGAAACAUUAUGUGUGAAACCAGCUCGUGAUGGAUGCUCGACUGGCGUUGCUAGACUACGCACCGUGGAGGAUUUGAAAGUAUACAUAAAUGCAUUGCGGAACUUUCUUCCACGACUUCCAGCUAAUAGUUUGUCAAAGGCACACGGGGUGAUUGAGAUGCCAAAUCCUCCUCCACAAUCAUUAGUUUUUGAGCCUUUCAUUGAGACGGAUGAAAUAAUUGUUUGUUCCAAAUCAGCAAAUGAUGGUGCUCAUAGUCUAAUAUGGGAAGGAUGCAACGAAUGGAUUGAAAUAACAGUUGGUGUCAUAGGUAAACGUGGAGAAAUGCACUCACUGAGUCCUAGCAUUACUGUUAAAGAAACUGGUGACAUCUUAUCGCUUGAGGAGAAAUUUCAAGGUGGAACUGGCAUCAACUUGACACCACCUCCAGCAACAAUUAUGGGUAGUGAUGCCUUGCAAAGAUGUAAACAGCGGAUUGAGGCAAUAGCAAAUUCUUUGGGGUUGGAAGGUUUUUCACGAAUUGAUGCAUUUGUGAAUGCAUAUAGUGGGGAGGUACUGGUGAUAGAGGUUAACACGGUACCUGGGAUGACUCCAUCCACUGUCUUGAUUCAUCAGGCGCUUGCGGAGGAACCACCAGUCUGUCCCCAACAAUUUUUCAGGAUGGUUCUCAACUUGGCCUUUCAAAGAUCUAAAUAGAUUUUUAACAUCUGCUCAUCCCUUUAUAAGAAUAAGAAAAAUGUAUGUGAAUAGAUAAAUACUUCAAGUGGUAAGCCAAUAAUGUGGUGCUAGAAAGACUGCCAUUGUGAUGUCCACUAUAGUAUGACGGCCAACUGAUGCUUUGUUUUCGAAAGUAUAGAACCUUCUCUCUCCAGGUAUCAUCAUUUGAGUACCGUGGUAUUCAUCCCCAAAGUCAGUUGCGCCACAGCAAGUUGUCUGUCUGUGCUAAUCAUGGUGGCUGUUGUAUAGACCUUCUGAAAAUCUUUUAUUUGCUAUUUCUUUUUCCUCUGUUCCUGUUUGUUCCUUUCUGUAACAGGGUUAUGGACUCUGAAGUUGCGGUCAAGACUUAUUGACUGCCAAACAAAAGAAGCCUAUGGCUUCCUCAGUUGUGACUGCAUCAAAUACAGAUCAAGGUUUGUAAAGUGAAGUUGGGACAUUGAAGAAGAAGCAGAUAUGGAAGCACAUAUAACUUACCUGGAAAGGCUAGUUCAUGUUACAAUUGUAUGGAAGUGGGAUUGGGCUAGGCUUGCUUUGAAAUAGAAACUUCAUUUCAGCAUCAGGAAUUAUUGCAAUACGAUGUACAUGCCCAAGGCUGAAAUUAUGUGGAGUGUGAUUAUUUUUUAUGUUCUCAUAGACAGGUUUAUCACAAUAGUGCUUCAAAUGACUGGAUCACAUUCUGCCCUGAAA